UGUUGGAAAAUUAAAACUAUGGAUAGUACCAUCGAUAGUUGUCCACCUCGCGUAUGUAAGUUUGGUUUGGCUUUUGCGGUUUUUAUUAAGGGCGCUAAGUAAACUCGGGGGACAUUUAUUUAAAACCUCUCACUUUGGCAUAAGCAAUUUUUGCAAGAUAUGGACAAGCUAUUAAAUAAAGAAUUAAUUAAUGCUAAUCGGACAUUAAAACAAAUUAUAUCCGCAUACCAAACGGAGUUGGUGAAUAUUCGCGCCGAAUUAAUGGAACAGCGUCGCGUUCGAGUUGAGGCAGAACAUCGACGAAAACGUGUAUUGGAGAUACUGAGCCAUAACCAAUCUGCACAGAUCAUGAAUUCGAAUUCUCAGUCCGGUAUCCGCGCACAAAGUGGUAGGAGGGAACAAGUGCAGGGAUCACACGCCUUGGAAGCACACAGCUUGUUUCAGACUUUCGACGCUCAAGUGCCAUGUGCCGACAACAAAGUGUAGUACAUAUGUAUGUCGACGUUGGCGAAGAAAAUCAAAGCGGGAGUGACAUGGAUUUGGAUAAUUAAUUAAAUGACGGAGGUGGUAUAGAUACGGUGACCAUUCGUACCGAUUUUGACGGGACAGUACCAAUUUUUAGAAAAUUGUCCCGCUGAAUAUUUUUUUAAAAGUCGGGACGUAUAAGUGUCCAGAUUUUUUAUAUUUGUACGGAUUAUGUCCCGAUUUUCAGUGUUUUCUUUAUUAAUCAGAGAACAUAGAAUAUAAGCGAGCCGUAAACAUUGGUUAUAUUUUAUUUCAAAUUGGUGCCCUCCCUAUGUUGCAGUCCAUCACUCUUGGCUGAGUUUUUUAUCUAAGCUUUUUAUAA